AUGGAAACAGACUCCCAGAAAAACAGCAUCUACCAGGACCCGCCUGCAUUCCUGUGGAGAAGGCCAAGCAGAGCGAGUCUGUCUGAGAGACUCUGGGGUCUGACGGAUUUUUUUCUGGAGAGGAUCCCGUCUGCCACCGGAGCCACCUUUGAUCUUCUGCUCUUCCUGGCUCAGAAGAGGUACAGAUAUUCUAGGGCAGCUUUGCGGAUUGGGGCCACUUCCCUCAUGACCCUGGUUCUUCCUGUUGUCUUUGAGACAGAAAAGUUGCAAAUGGAGCAACAACAGCAAGUGCAGCAAAGGCGACUUUUAAGGCCUAACACCGGGCUGUCAGGAGGAAUGCCAGGGGCAUUUCCACUUCCUGGAAAGAUCUAG